GUCCUGAGGCGGCGCGCGCGGCCUGUCGGGGUUGUCGCGGGGCCUGUCGGGGCUGUCGCGGGGCCUGUCGCGAUGGUGAAGCUCACGGCGGAGCUCAUCGAGCAGGCGGCGCAGUACACCAACGCUGUCCGCGACAGGGAGCUCGACCUGCGCGGCUACAAAAUCCCCGUGAUUGAGAACUUGGGAGCCACCCUGGACCAGUUUGAUGCCAUUGAUUUCUCUGACAACGAGAUCCGGAAGCUGGAUGGGUUCCCCCUGCUGAGGAGGCUGAAAACUCUGCUCAUGAACAACAACAGGAUUUGUCGGAUCGGGGAGAACCUGGAGCAGGCUCUGCCCAGCCUCACAGAGCUCAUUCUCACCAACAACAACAUUGCUGAACUGGGCGAACUGGAUCCGUUAGCAACUAUUAAAUCACUGACCUACCUGAGCGUUUUAAGGAAUCCUGUAACAAAUAAGAAGCAUUACAGAUUGUACCUAAUCCAUAAAGUUCCCCAGGUCAGAGUGCUGGAUUUUCAAAAAGUGAAACUCAAAGAGCGACAGGAGGCAGAGAAAAUGUUCAAGGGCAAACGGGGUGCACAGCUUGCAAAGGAUAUUGCCAGGAGAGCAAAAACCUUCAACCCCGGGGCUGGUCUGCCAACUGACAAAAAGAAAACUGGGCCGUCCCCAGGGGACGUGGAGGCAAUUAAGACUGCCAUAGCAAAUGCCACGACUCUGGCCGAGGUGGAGAGGCUGAAGGGUUUGCUGCAGGCUGGACAGAUCCCUGGCAGAGAGCGAAAAUCAGGUCCCUCGGAGGACGGCGAAGAAGAAAUGGAAGAGGACACGGUGCCCAACGGGCCGUAGCCGGCUCCGGUGCUGCCCCGGAGCCCCUUCCCGCGCCGCUCGGGGCCCAUCGCCCCCGUCCCUGCACAUUUCGGUGUCCAAUAAACCAGCGCUCCCUUUUUC